GCGCGGCACGUACGUGUGUGACACGGAGCGUCCGUCUCGUUCGUAACGCUAUCGUAAAAGUGCGUACGAGUUCUUCUCCGUGACCGGACUAAGGUACGUACGAGUACGUACCGGGACACAGGGGUCAUAAGUAUUAGAAGUAUUUUUUGAUGUCCGUCCUUGCGCCGCGCAUUUGGCAUUGGACUCCGRUCUCGUGUUCAUUGGUUUUGGCUUUCUUGUACAAAACCGUAGGGUAGGUAAGAAACGUACCGUACUCGUGCUGUUAUUCGUGAAUGACGGAAGGAACGACUCGGGUUUUCUCAAGCGUGGUCUGCUCGAUCUGCCGCGGUUCUUUUUCCGUUGUGGAUCGAUAGAAUAAGAAUACUCUGUCUAACGGUAGUAACAGAACACGUACGAGAACAAAUUCGAACCGCACAUAUUCGGUUCUGCACGAUCGCAUGUGCCCUCUCCAAACAGGGAACUAUUCUACCGUACAGUAUCUUAACGAGUACAGUAACUGUAAUGCCGAGAAAAACCGUUAACCACGACCCCCCUGCGAACUGUUUUCUAGAGUACAAUUACCGUACGUACAGUAAGGAACGACGUUAAAACCAGUACGGUAAUCGGAGAGUAGGUCGCGCAACCCGGUGUCGUCACACCACGGUGCUACUAAGCAAAACACUAACGGACAUUUUUUGUUCGAACGAUGGGGGCAGAAUUUUUUUAUAUUUCAUCUGCUCUCGAAUGAACGAUUUUGUGAAUCGAGAAUCAUCAUCGUGUCGGUAUGGCACAACAUACUGUGACAGCGCAUGAACAUAUCACAGUGAACACUAUUGUAUCGCUAUCUAAAAGUAUUCAUCGUUCGGUAUCCACUGCCGAGAGAACAUCAACUUGCAUCUAGCGUCAUCUCCUCCCAGCUUUUGCAUAUAUCAUAGAACCUUCGAUCACCGGCAGUACCUAUCGAAGAGACGAAAAAACGAAAGAUUCGAAACUGAAGAAUCCGAGUCCUACUACGUUCGUUAUCACUUUUCUUUAGCUACCACUUUACCGCACCAUGGCAACGGAUCCCACAAUACCGGUGAAUACCGGCACUAACUACGUGAGCAUGUCCGAGGAGGGGAACGACGGUCCCGCCGGCGUCUUCAAGGACAGCGAGGCAGCAGCACCCGGUGSCGAACAGGACGACGAUCUGGACGACAUCCUAUCGCUUGCACCUUCCAUCGCCUCGUCCGUUCUGACGGCAGAUGGAAUCCACGAUCCCGUGGGUUUUGCCAUUGUGUGCCUGGUGAUCCUCGUCGGGGACAUGGCACGGGGGGUCUUCUUUCCGACCAUGUGGCCACUCGUCGAAGAACUGGGUGGGAGCACGGUCGCUCUGGGAUAUUCGGUAGCCUCGUUUUCCUUUGGGCGGAUCCUGGUCAGUCCGAAGUUUGGGGGGUGGAGCGUGACCCACGGGUAUUCCAAGACGCUCCUCUUUAGUUGCUCGAUCCUGUGGGUCGGAACCAUUCUGUACACCCAGGCCCAGAACGUCGGCCACGUGGGCUUUUUGAUCUUUUCGCAGAUCGUCCUGGGGCUGGGUUCGGGGACCCUCGGUGUCACCCGGGCCUUUGUGGCCGACGUUACGGCCCAGCGGAGCCGGACAACCUACAUGGCGUGGAUCACGGCCGUUCAGUACGGUGGAUUUACCGUGACACCCUUUGUCGGGUCCUUUUUCACGAAGGUCCUCAAAGACAAGGAGUACCGGUUUGGGUGAGUUCUAUGUAUACCAUUGUGAUACAAAUUAUUCGCCGCAGAUGGAGUUUAGUAGCUCUGUCGUUGUCAUCCGUGUCUGGGCAUGAUUUCGGCAUGAGAAUCCGCGGGAUCUCGGAUCUCGGAUUGAACCACCAUAUUCAACGCGGCGUUAUUUUUCGUGAAUGUUUUUUUCAAAUAUUCGUUUUUGCAGAGAGCGUUGCUUUGACAAUCAAAUAUCGCAUAGGACGAUGUAGAAUAUCUUGUUUCAGCUUGUUGUGUGCAAAUUAACAACGACGUUCGUAAUUCUCACAGCUCUUCAAAUUCUUAUCGGUUAUGUGUGCAAAGGUUGUUCCGCUUCAAUCAGUAUACGGCACCCGCCUACUUUAUGAACCUCGUUAUCACCGUGACAAUCAUUCUAAUGCUGAAGUACUUCCGUGAUCGGGUCCGAAUGUCCGCACUAAAGAACAACAAGAAAAAGUCUGCCAAGAGAAUGACCAUCGAAGAUGCUGCCAACCGUGUUACCGUGACGGGGCUGACUGUCUAUGACUGCUGCAUCUUGGGCUGCAUGCUCCUCAAUGUUUCGACCAAAGGCAGCAUCAGUGCAUUUGAAACCCUCGGGGUAUCGAUUGCCCAGUCCCAGUUCGACAUGCCCUCGUCCCAGGCCGGUGUGAUUGUGGCGAGUUGCGGGUCGAUCGGGGUGAUCGCCCUCCUGUCCAUGGGACAAMUGGCACGCUUUCUGACGGACAUUCAGCUCAUUUGCGGAGGGAUGGCGAUAAUGUGCUGUGGGGUCUUGAGCCUUGGAUUUUUGGAGGCGGAUGUCACUAAUCCAUCAUGGAAAUUCUGCACAGCAAUCUUUCUCAUUUAUUCAGUUGGGUAUCCGAUCGGCCACACAGCCGUUAUUGGGCUCUUUUCCAAGAGUGAGUUGUCGUCUCGCACAGCAUUGCACAGCACCAUUUUCGUUCGCACUUCACCAAAUGUACCGCACAAAGUCCAUUGGUACCGUGGAAUAAAUCAUAUGUUACCUUGUGGUGGUUCUAACAUUUCACUCAAUUUCCCUGUCUUUCUUUGUCUCAUUGUUAGUCGUCGGCCGGCGACCACAAGGAGAACUGCUGGGUUGGUUCGCCUCAGCUGGAUCACUGGCUCGGUUGUGCUUCCCAAUCAUGGCGGGAUAUCUCACUAAUUUCUUCGGGAUUUCGGCGAUUUUUUUCGUCCUCCUCAUUGUCCUGUCUGUGUCAAUUAUCAUCACCAUGUACAGCCGCCAUACGCUGGAGUUUUUGUCACAAUAAGAGAAAAAUAAAACACACGAAACGAAACGAAACUGCAAUGAAGGUGCAGUUGUACAGUGGAGGAGUACACACCAUGAAUUAUGAAUCAUCAUAAGUACCAAUCAAUGAAUACACUCGUCAAUUCCAUCGCCCAUACACGAAUGGGCAUUGCGCGGCCCUUUAAACGACAAACCAAGGGUACGCAGCAGCAGCAGCAGCAGCAGCAGUAGCAUGAACACAAAAUAGACCAAUUAAAGCUGCUAGUAGAACGAAGAAUUUUUCAAGCUCCUGCAAAGCAAACUUCCUCGGAUAUCGUUCCCUAUACAGAGGAAGCGGGUAGGAUAGCUCUAUUAAUAUACUUUAGGAGGAAUG